AUGGAAGCCGUGACAUUAUCCGAAUUUUUAUCCAGUAUUAACAUCUUAGCCGUUACUUUAACGCUGUCAUGGCUGGUGAUGCUGUGGGAUAUGUAUUUAGCGAGCAGACAGAGACGUGUUACACUCAAUACUAGACGUGUUCCUGCCGAUUUAAGAGAAAUGAUCUCGACAGAAGUAUUUGAGAAAUCCAGACGUUACAGCUUGGAUAAAAGUAGCUUUGGAUUCUAUAAAACGCUCUACUCUCAGAUAGAAAUGACGUUAUUUCUAUACUAUGGUAUCUUGCCUUACGUAUGGGAAUACUCGGUCGAUUUAUGCAUUCGGUAUGAUUUCGAUGUUACGAGCGAAAUUUGGCCAUCGUUAGUCUUCACUACACUACUCUCCUUGUGGUCUCUUGUUAUUGGUCAGCCGUGGUCUCUUUACCAUACAUUUGUUUUGGAAGAAAAAUACGGUUUCAAUAAACAGACCCUACGUUUCUACAUUAAAGAUACUCUGAAGAAACUUGUCCUCACUUUGGUACUAUCAUAUAUUGUCGUAGCCGUUUUAAUAUAUAUCAUUAUGAAUGGAGGCGAUUACUUUUUUAUAUAUGCCUGGUUGUUUGUUUUUCUCUUUUCUAUGUUUAUUGUAUUUAUAUACGCGGAUUUUAUCGCUCCGUUAUUCGACAAAUUCACUCCUUUGCCGGAUGGAGAAUUAAAGACUGCUAUCGAAGCAUUAGCUUCUAGUGUCAACUUUCCAUUAAAGAAAUUAUUUGUCGUAGAAGGAUCAGUCCGAUCAGCCCAUAGCAAUGCGUACUUCUAUGGAUUCUAUAAGAACAAGCGAGUUGUACUGUUUGAUACCUUAUUAGAAGAUAAUCCAUUAACGCAAAAAGAAAAAGAAUCAGAAAACACUGAUGACCAAAAAAGUGACAUAGCAGCUGAGACAACCAAGGAAGAAUCACAAAAAAGCAAAGAAAGUGAUAAAAACUGGCAUAAAAAUCAGAUCAAAGGUUGCACAAAUGAUGAAGUUGUUGCUAUUUUAUCACAUGAACUCGGCCAUUGGAAAUUUAAUCAUAAUUUGAAGAAUAUUGUGUUAGCCCAAAUUAAUAUCUUCAUAUGUUUCUAUGGAUUAAAUUUGUUAAUCAAAGAGAAUGCCAUUUAUACAUCCUUCGGUUUCAGUAGUCAGCCAGUGCUAAUAGGUCUCAUCAUCGUUUUUGAGUAUAUUUAUGCAAUCUAUAACGAGGUUUUUGGAUUUUUUAUGACUGCUCUCGGUCGAAAAUUUGAAUUCGAAGCUGAUCGUUAUGCCAAAGAAAUGGGAAAAGCUAAUUUACUUUCAGUCGGUCUUAUUAAACUACAUGAAGAUAAUUUAUCAUUUCCAGUUGUUGAUAGGCUGUAUUCUGCAUUUAAUUAUUCGCAUCCACCACUAUUAGAAAGGCUAAAGGAGCUACGAAAAAGCUCCAAAAAAUCCGACUAA